AUUUUGUCCUCUGACCCAUUUACUGUAGAAAUCCCUCCUUUAUCUUCUCACUCCAGUCCUUUACAAUCAUUCCCGGAUUUCACUCUUACUCAUACUAUGAAAAUGCAGCUCCUUCCACUAAACUCAUUCUUCUCCAAUUCAUUUCCUUUCCUUUUGUAGCUCAGAGUCUUUUUGCACUCUUUCUCUUUAAAAUUUCUCCUUUGUCUCUCUCUUAUGCACUCCCUCAUUCUCUCUCUCCCUCACUCUCUUUCUUCCCCGCUAAUGAAAUGAAUCUCUAAAGCUGCUUUGAUUUAACAAGUCUCUGCAAAGCAGUCAUGUGGGGAAGAAGAACAGUGAAAGAAAAACUGUAAGAGGGAGAAAAGGAGGGAGGAGAGUGCAUGGAAAUCAUGAGUGAGCAAGGAGCCGCGUGUAUACCUUGCAACACCCUAAGGGUUAGUCACCCUGGGAACACCCAUGGGGGUGGGAAAAAGAGCAAGAAGGAGAAUCUGGACUCACUGUCCCAGGCCGGAGCAAGGCAAGAUCACACUGGCUGGAGUAAAAUCAGGCAGACACAGUGGAAUUUACUUGGACACAGUCUGAGCAGCGGCACUGAGGGGGCAAAUCAAGAGAAAUAUUCCCUUUGCAGGGUAGGACCUUCUUGCACAAGGAUGACUGAACCGGUAUAUGAUUUCCCAUAUCAGGAAUCCUCUCCAACUCCAAUCCGCAAGGGGUCGCCAACAUCAGUCAGCAUCACAGACAGACUGCUACUCACCCAAAGUGUUUGGCUCCACCGCACAGUCAACUCGGCAACUGCACUGCAUAUAUUGCAAAGGGAGCCUCCAGGGACAUUCCUAGUGAGAAAGUCCAAUACUCGCCAGAAGAUGGUUUUAUGUGUGAGACUGUCAGAUGAUUCUGGUCCAAGCUUCAUUCAUCAGGCAUAUAUACACAAAAGCCCUGCAGGCAUUUAUCUGGAAGAGUCAGAGCUCACUUUCCCUGAUCUGAUAAGGCUUGUAGCUCACUACAGCAGUGAAAAGGAUGUUCUGCCAUAUACACUCAGACUUCCUGCAGCCAUAGAAAAAGUACCUUCCAGAAAGCAAUUAGAAGCCAUUUCUCACCUGGGCCUUGAGUUCUGGAGAUCUGCCCUCAAUGCACGUGACCCUCUGUUACCAUCAGCAAGCCCUUCUCCAUCCCCUUCUCCUCCCCUACCUCUUCUGUCUCCAAAUCCCUCUGAGAUCCCAGAUAUUAUUACUCCAAGUCUCAUUCCUUCUCUUAAGACACGCAGCCCACUGGAAGUUUCUAGUGGUGGAGGUGAAGGAGCCCUCUGUUUUUUUAAUCCAUUAUUUAAACCCAAGGUCUCUGGAGCACUCAAGCGUUCUCAGUUUCAAAGGAGCAUUAAAGUUAGGGUGUCAACAGAAAACUCAGGGUCCUUGUCACCACCUAUAAAUCCACCUCCGCCUGUACCCUCACAGGAGGUAGUGAAGGAGGAAGAGGAGGAGCGAAUAGCACCUUUAUUGGCUUCUCAAGAGGCUGAAGUUGAACAGUGUCAACUAUCAUCAGACCAAAACUACAGAAAACCAAGGUCAUCUCUUAGACAACGUCUGAAGAAAAGCUUGAGCAAAGGCAGUAUGGAGCUUGGAUUAAAGAUAUCACAGUUGCGCUCUACAGAUGGAGGGGACUACAAGGUGCCUGUGCCACUGACCAGGACGCAAGAGUCAAAGGAAAUAGAACAAUCUAGCUCAAACGGUCUGUCUCCUGUGGAAGUGCAGGACAGUGGAUCCAGUAGCAGUGAAGAGGGAACAUCUGAAGACUUUGGAAAGUUUUCUCCCCAGCUUACAAGAAGGAGGAAGAUAAAGAAAAAAAGUGGGCGGUCCUCUUUUCGAGCAGUCAGUGGGGCCUUCCUGUCACUGCUUUCCCCAGAAAGAAAAGUCCUAAUGUUCAUAGAAGAAAUGUCAAGAGAUAUCCAAACAGAAUUUGGAAAGGAAUUACAAGAUUUUUUGAGAAGAGUGACAGAUGGAGAAAGUAUGGGUGGAAAGGAGAAGGAUACAGAGGAUGAAGAAGGAUCAUACAAAACACUGUUGAAGGAGGUGAGAGAUUUCAUGGAUAAGGUGAAGCAUGUCCUGAGGGAAAGCGCAGAGUUACAACUAGAGACUCUUUCUCUGGAAGAACAAGAUCGAGUUUUAGAGAAGUCCCUUCAUCGGUUGAUCUUGAAGCCAUUAAACGCUCAUCUUGUAUCUGUGAUCCAUAAGGGAGUGGAAGAAAGUGGAGAUCUUGAGAGACUUGGAAAGAACAUGCAAGCAGUGAAGAACAGUGGUUCCUCCCUUCUUGGUGUGAGCCUGAUGGCGCCCACAGCUCCAGAGCUGGAAAAGAUACGACACAAACUGCUGAGAAUGCAGGAAAAAUAUUCACCAACUGAUAAAGUCCGUCUUUUGCUGCAAGCGUGCAGACUUGUCUACAGAAAUAUUGAUGCACAGCAAGAUGAUGCAUGUGGAGCGGACGAGUUUCUCCCUGCGCUGUGCUAUGUGCUGGCACUGUGUGACCUGCCUCAGCUUCUGAUUCACACCUACUAUACAGGAGAGCUGCUGCCACAGGACACCCUGGUUGGGGAAGGGGGAUAUUAUCUCACUAGUGUGUCUGCCUCGUUAUCUGUUUUGUCUUCGUUACACACUCAUCCACCAGACAUGGGGCUCUCAUUAAGUGAAUGGCAUCGCAAGAGACAAGGGUUGCCUUCCCUCAAUGAUUUACAGAAUUUUCUACGUGUUGCUCAUCAAGACCCAGUGAAUGGCUGCACUACUAAAACUAUCCUUCUACGCCCUUCUCAGACAGUGGUGGAUCUCACACACCUCUGCGCCCUUAAAUUCAAGCCAAGCAACCCUGAGGACUAUGCCAUCUUCCUUUACUGUGGGGGGAACCAGCAAUUACUGCUGCCAGACUCCCAGCCUCAGCAGAUAAAGGCUCAACUAAAAGAAAGAGGAUCAAAUUUUUAUUUUUGUUACCAGUGUCUAGAAAAGGAGGACAGCACCAAAAAGGAUACACCACAAGAAUCAGGGAAUGACCUUUAACAAUCUCCACCUGUGCACUGGCUACCUGUCACGAAGCGCUCCCUACCUGGUGUGCGGCGGCGUCCUCCUUCUCAGCGCGGCGGAUCCAAG